AUGUCGGCCGGGGGCGAACACCUCAAGGAUGAGGGGUCGCGACGGCAAGUCGUCCUCGCGGGCGGAAUCGCAGGCCUCUUCUCACGAUUCUGCAUCGCCCCCCUCGACGUCGUGAAAAUCCGCCUCCAACUCCAAAUCCACUCCCUCUCCGACCCAAUCUCCCACCAACAUGUCACCGGACCAGUGUACAAGGGCACGCUAUCGACGAUGAAGUCGAUCCUCCGCGAGGAAGGAAUCACAGGUCUCUGGAAAGGCAACGUCCCCGCGGAACUCCUCUACCUGGCCUACGGCAUCAUCCAAUUCGGCACCUACCGCACGACGACCCAAAUCCUCGCCACCGAACUACCCAAUCGCCUGCCCCCCUCAGCCGAAUCCUUCAUCUCCGGGGCCCUGGCCGGCGGCCUGGCCACCUUGUCCACCUACCCGCUGGAUCUGCUGCGCACGCGGUUCGCCGCCCAGGGCACGAAGCGCGUCUACACGUCGCUGCUGGCCUCGGUGCGGGAUAUUGCGCGCCAGGAGGGCCCGCGGGGCUUUUUCCGGGGCGGCAGCGCUGCGGUGGGCCAGGUGGUGCCGUACAUGGGGUUGUUCUUCGCGACGUAUGAGGCGCUGCGGCCCGUCGCGGCCACGCUGCCGCAGCAGGUGCCCUACCUGCCGGCGGGCAGUGGGGAUGCGGCGGCCGGCGUGAUGGCGAGUGUCUUGGCCAAGACCGCGAUGUUCCCGCUGGAUCUGGUGCGGAAGCGGUUGCAGGUGCAGGGCCCGACCCGGCUGUUGUACGUGCAUCGGAAUAUCCCGGAAUCUCGGGGGGUCUUCAGUACGAUGGCGAUGAUUGUGAGGACGCAGGGCGUUCGGGGCCUGUACCGUGGACUGACGGUUAGUUUGUUCAAGGCGGCGCCGGCCAGUGCGGUGACCAUGUGGACGUAUGAGACUUCGCUGCGCGUGCUUCAAGAUAUGGAGGUCGCUGCCGAUUGA